GUACUGUGACGCCACAUUGAUGACGUUAAUCAUUAAUAUGUCGUGUUACUGUUCUUAAAGGAUUGUUUUAGUUACAACCAUCUUUUGUUUUACCUGAAGCUGCUCAUGGAAGUCUGAUGGCUGUAAUUCUUCCACCUUGCAGAGUUUUUGUGGGAACCUCAGACCAAGCGCUGAAGAUUGAGGUGACUGUCGACGUCUUCCGUAUUUGCCGAGAUGCCUAUUCCUCCUCCUCCCCCUCCACCUGGACCUCCACCACCCCCCAGCUUUAGCCAGGCAAACACCACACCUCCAAAACGAAGUCGAGAUGACGCUAAAGGAAGAGGAGCUCUGCUGUCAGACAUCUGCAAAGGCACUAAACUGAAGACGACCAGUGGGGUCAAUGACAGAAGUGCACCUAUCCUCGAAAAGACUGGAGGUCGAGGUGGUGGAGGUGGCAGUGGAGGAGGUGGAGGUGGAGGUGGAGGUGGUUCUGGGCCAAUGGCCAUGGGAGGAUUGUUCAGUGGAGGAGUGCCUAAACUACGACCAGUUGGAGACAGCUCUGUAGGGCGGUCAGCGCUGCGGCCGCCUGGCUCUCGCCCUGCGGUCCCUCGUGGCACGAGUCAUUCGGAACCGGACGGAUCCAGUCGUGGUAAUGGAGGCCGCUCCUCACCUCCAGAACAGUCACGAAAUCACCGUCCCUCCGUGCCAGACAUCUCCAAACCGUCUGCUGCCAGCAGCUCCUCAAAACCCACCAACUCCGCUCCACCUCCACCCCCGCCAUUCAAUCGCGGUGGCAACCGCGGACCCUCCUCAGCCCAACAGGUUUCUGGGGCACACAGUCGUGAGAAACCCCUUCCACCACCGCAUGCAAGUAAGGGGCCUCCACCGCCACCAUCUUCUGCUCGGGAUGGGCAUCCUAGACAUCCCCCUCUUUCAUCUCGCUCCUCUUCAUCCUCCUCCCCUUCCUCAAAUGCACCUCCACCUCCUCCUCCUUAUCGUCAGCCGACUAAUGCUGCAAAUGGUGACCCGGCCCCCGAGUUGCCAAAGAGGCGAAACUCGCUGAACAAGAGAAGCCAUGGCAAUGCUAACGUCCGUAGCCAGGCUCCUCCUCCACCCCCUGCCCAGCAGAACAGACGACCCCCGCCGCCAUCACGAGAUCCAGUGGUGCGCAGCACAGCUCCUCAGGUUCCUCCUCCUGUAAUUCGUAACGGGGUUCGAGAAACACCCCCGCCUCCUUAUCGUGGUGGGCCACAAACGUCUUCUGAACCCCCUAGUCGAGGGAAGCCCCCUCCUCUGUCCUCUGCUGGACGUCAGCAUUCAGGACAUGCACCUCCUCCUCCUCCACCUCUGCGCAAUGGACAUGCGUCAUCUGCCCCCAGGUCCUUUCUUGGUGAUUUUGAGUCCAAGUACGACUUCCACCCUAUAGAGGACCUUCCCCCACCUGAAGAAUACAGACCCUUCCCGAAGAUCUACCCCAGCCAAAGCAACAAGGCUUUAGUGAGAGGUGCUCCUCCACUGCCUCCUGUUGGAGGGAAGUGAACACUGUUCAGGGAAGAGAAGGACCAAGAAGAGAUAACACAAACACAUAAAUAUCUACGCAUAUGCAGUAUAUAUUUACGUGUGUUUGCCACACAAACAUUAAUUGCACCUACAAAUACAUCGAAUAACAUGACAUCUUCCUUAGGGCAACACUAUAAACACCUACAUGAUCGCUGAUCCAAACCACUCCAGAAUGCUGUACCUCUAGACCUGAAAAUACUGUGCAAUAUUCCUGUGCUGCCUAGAAAUGCACCUUUUAAUAUCGUGUCAGAUGACAGCGGCACAGCAGUGCGAGAGC